UCAAUAAUUCGAUUUCACGAGGACCUCGUCCCAUUAUUACUUCCUAAUUGUGGAGCAGCGGGAUUGGAGCCAAGAGUUCUCAUUUCCUGGAGGCGAUCGAAUCUCCCGUUUCGUUCCUUGGUCUUCAGUAGAAGGAGAAAGACUGACAGACAAACAAGAUCACUGUACAGGAACAGAUGAAAGUCUCUGAAACGGUCAGCGAUAUGCCCGGCGCGCGUAGGAAGGUGUCCAAUCGGAACCCCCAAAAUGGCGCGAAACAUGGCAGGAGCACGACGACCCAGCCCAACCGCCGAAACGGCCUCGAUCCCCCCUGUCGACGCCAGAUGCUCUUGCCCAUUUUUUGCCGCCACAAGAUAAUCACCACCAGAGGACCAUCCAUCCAAAGUUAACUCGAUCGAAAAGCGGAAACCGUCCCCAAUUAGCCCGCGCGCACGAUCGAUCGAGCUCGAUCCUCGAUCCUCGAUCGUGCGCGGCCAUUAGUUAACCAAUCCGCCGUCGUCGUCUCGGCCGCCGGCCGCCGCGCGCCAUGGUGGGGUUCGGCGCCAUCCGCUACAACGCCGGCGGCGCCCCGCAGCCGCACAGCCGCAGCAGCAGCGUGGCAUUCUCCGGCACUCCCCCCGCCGGCGCUGCCGCCAGCACCGCCAGCACCAGCACCCGCUCCUCCUCCUCCCUCUCCUCCAUCGACGCCGACGAACAAUCCCCGGCUCGCCCCCACCACACGCUCGAGGCCCCAUCACGGAAGCAGUACCGCUCUUCGUCUUCCUCGAAGCCGGUGCGGCUGUUCCAGAAGCUCCGCAACGCGCUGCCGCUGGUCCUCGCGCCCCGCUGCGGCAGGUCUCCGGCGGGGUCAAACCCCUUCUCCUCCGGCGCCGGCGGCGGAUCAGACACGCACGCGCUGGCGCACGUGGCGGGCCGGCGGCGGCCAUGCCAGCGCGUGACGGGGACGCUCUACGGCCACCGGAAAGGCCGCGUGGCCUUAGCCCUGCAGGAGACGCCCCGGUCCCUGCCCAGCCUCGUCGUGGAGCUCGCGCUCCAGACGCACGCGCUGCUCCGCGAGCUCGGCAAUCCCGCCGGCGCCCGCAUCGUGCUCGAGACCGAGCGCCGUGGCGCGGGCGGCGGCGACCGGAGGAGCGCGGCGGGGGCGGCGCCAUUGCUGGAGGAGGCGGCGUGGACGAUGUUCUGCAACGGGAGGAAGACGGGGUACGCGGUGCGGCGGGAGGCAAGCGGCGGCGACCUGGCGGUCAUGGAGACGCUGCGUGCCGUGUCCAUGGGCGCCGGCGUGCUCCCGGCGUCCGCGGCCGGGGCCGGCGCCGGGGCUGGGGACGACGAGGUGGCGUACAUGCGCGGGUGCUUCGAGCACUUCGUCGGGUCCAGGGACUCGGAGUCGCUCUACAUGAUGGCGCCCCAGGGCGGCGGCAACGGGCCCGAGCUCGCCGUCUUCUUCGUCAGGCUCUGACCUCUCAUCGAUCGCCUGCAUUGCACGCUAUCUGGAUUCUUUGAAGUAACGGUCCAAGGGUGGAGAUGUUGACGUUGGCGUGGGCAUCGAGAUUCGUGCUUGCAAACCUCACAAAUCAAAUUGGCCUCCAAGAGAUUCUAGAAGAUCCAAGCUAGCCCACUCGGCGAACAUAUAUGCAUUGAUUGCUGGGUGCGGUGACCCGAUCUAGCAGCUGCUGGUGUUGAUUAGGUCGUGUGGAGAGAGGUUUGUUUGUUGUUUAAUUUCUGUGAGUUGUGCUGCACAAUCUAGUGGAAUGUACGGAGAAAGUUGAUAAUUUUCUUUAAUUCACCUUCUUCUCUUUCAAA